AUCCGGGCGCGGCGGAGUCACGCCCCCGAGCAGUUCCGGCGUUCGGUGUGUGCGUCAUUGCCAUGAGACGCGUCAUCGGCGUGCGCCACGGGCGGGGAGGAGCCGGUCCGGGCGCCGGGCGGGCCCGCGGGGCCGGUCCGGGCUAUGGCGGGUGAGGCGGCUGCCGGCGGCGCGGAUCCCGGAGCUCGCGCGUGGCAACCCCAGUGGGUGCCCCCAUGAACGAGCGGCGCGGCCGGGGCUGCCGGGACACCGCAGGGCGCCAUGAGAGCGGGCCACGAGCGCAGCCAGGAGUGUCUCCCGCCCAAGAAGCGGGAACUUGCCGCCGCCAGCACUGGCACCGAGGCGGGACGGGCGGGGGGAGCCCAGGGCUCGGGCGAGGGCCCCGAGUGGGCUCGCACGGCUCGGCCGCCUCCCGCCACACCACGCUACGGUCCCGGCGAGGCCCCCGAGGCGGCGGCGGGGCUGACCGUGGACCAAUACGGAAUGCUCUACAAAGUGGCAGCACCACCUGCCACCUUCUCCCCCACGGGCCUGCACCCCGUGGUGAACGUGAGCCCCCUGCCCCCAGCCUUCAGCGUGACCUCGCCCAUCAUCCAGCACCCGGCGGUGCCCUUCCCCUCCAUCCACUAUGCACAGAUCCCUUCGGCUUCCCUGCAGCUCAUCGGUUCCCCCUACACAGUGCCCUAUGCCGUCCCUCCUGCCUUCAUGCCUAGUCCUCUCCUGUCUCCUUCCACAAACCUCAGUGCCCCCCAUGUCCCCCACUUUGUUCCAUAUGCCUCCCUGUUCACGGAAGAAGCUGCUCCUUCCCCCCAGACUACCUCUCCCACCCACAGCUUCAACAAAUCCACCUCUGCAGCCUCUCCUGGGCAGAUGCAGCACCACACUGCGCCCCAACCAGUGGACGUGGCACCGGGGAGAAUUCCUGUUUAUUAUCAGAUGUCCCGCCUCCCACCAGGCUAUUCAGCCUAUGAGGCACCUGUAACAGGUGGGAACCCAGAGUCUCCUCAGCAAGACAGUCAGCUGAGCUCAGAGGUGGCUGCGGCCAAUGGUGGGCAGAGGCCCCUGGAGCAAAGUGUGGCCAGGAGGCCCAGCGAGGCUGUGGACUCUGCCAGCAGUGCAGCUGAGGACUGUCUUCCCCCAGGGGCUGCAGCAGGACCUAUGGGUGAUGGACAGUUCCUUCCAGGUUACCAGAUGCUGGGAAGAGAGAUCUCUGUGCCUACUCACAGGAGCACCCCAGACGCUGAUCUGGAGGUUCAGAGGGUGGUGGGGGUGUUGGCAUCUCAGGAUUAUCAUGUUCUGGCAGCCCAGAGGAAAGAUGACCCAAGCCCUUUAAAUCUUUGCCAUAAUACCACUGAUGGGCAGGGAGACAUGCUGAGGAACACCACAGAUAGGGCUGCAGCUGGGAACAGCCAGUCCCAGAGCCCAUGUGGAAUGUCCCCCGAAGAGACUGUUAAACAGAGACAGUUAGCCAAAGGAAUGGCGAUAGCCAAUGGCAAGCCAGUACUUGUUCCCGUUGGAUCUGAGCCCGUCAGGUCUUCCACUUCAGAAGCCCUGCUGAGGGAGAGCCCAGAUGCACAGGCUCGAGGAUAUGUGCUUGAAAAGGAGCUGGCCCAGUUGCAGCCACCCAGCUCCUCACAACUGCCCUCUCAUUUCAUGAAAGGAGCCAUCAUCCAGCUGGCGACGGGAGAGCUGAAACGGGUGGAGGACCUGCAGACUCAAGACUUUGUUCGCAGUGCGGAGGUGAGUGGAGGCUUGAAGAUCGACUCCAGCACUGUGGUGGAUAUUCAGGAAAGCCAGUGGCCUGGGCUUGUCACACUGCAUUUUGUGGUUGGGGAGCAACAAAGUAAAGUGAGCAUUGAUGUGCCCCCGGAGCAUCCCUUCUUUGUGUAUGGCCAGGGCUGGUCCUCCUGCAGCCCCGGGAGGACUGCUCAGCUCUUUGCUUUACCCUGUCACAGGCUGCAAGUGGGGGAUGUAUGCAUAUCAAUCAGUUUACAGAGCAUGAAUGGCAACUCUGCUUCUCAGGCCAACUCCCCUCUCAUGGAUCAGCUGGUAUCUGCUAGGGAGAGAUUGGAACAAACAGCCCAGGGGCCCAGAGAGCCAUGUGACAGAGCUGGUGAAAGGAAGAGCCACACAGAUAGAACCAGCACGGCUCAGAGCUCCCAUGCAGAAUCUUCUCAGUCUGAGGCUGGCAAUCUGUACAGUUUGGCCUCAGGCUUCCAAAGAUACAGCAUGCAGGCAGAGGAGCCUCGGCCCUCUCUGCUCCGUCCCUCUUUCAUUCCCCAGGAGGUCAAGCUGUCUAUUGAAGGGCGUUCGAAUGCAGGGAAAUGAUCCCUUAGAGGUGUGAGCUAGGGCAGCCACAGCAGGCGAGCCUCACCAUCAGGUGGAGGAAUUGCACAGACUGUCAGAGGCUCACCAACAAAGGCUGCUCUCUGCCUUGCAGGAAUGACUCCAUUCCAGUUCCAUGGCUGACCAGUUGCUCCUGGGGAGUCAGGAGGCCUCCAGUGCCUCAGGGAGCAGCGACAGGCUAGCUGGGGUGGAGAGCAGGGAUGUGGUCAUGAGUGUGUGAUGAGAGCAUUCCAGAGGCUGCUGGAGGCUGGGGCUUUCUCCCACUUCCUGGGAUAACUGACUCCCUGCGGGGCAGGGGCCGAGCAUUCGGGGCAGGUAGGGAGAUGAGGAGGGCAGACUUGGCUUAAGGUAGCAGAUAAAAUUGCUGAAGAUUUUAUUUCUUUCUCAUAAUGGGGAGAUAUGGGUCCCCACUGGAGUUUGGGGGCUCUACUCCCAGUAUCCCCUUUCUUCACACAUGCACUUUAAAAGGACAGUUCACCGAUGGAGCUCUCAAGGGCAGGAUGGAGGUGCUUCUCUGGUGGUUCUGAUUAAUGUCUCUUCCACUGAAUCCAACUACUCUUUCUUCUUGCAAAGAAUGUACAGAUUUGAAUGAAUCACAUAAAUUCAAGAGGAAGGACCAAAAGGAUGGGCUUGGGUGCAGGUGAAUAGGGAACUUGAGCACUUGAGAUGGGACACAAGUUGGGAUGGGAGACGUUGUUUCCUGCUAUAAACUCUACUUAGUUGUUUUGCCACCAAACCAAAUCUUUCUUCCCAUGUUACUAACUUGCAAAAAACCCUUCUGGGCUUAUAGCUUUUGCAGAGGCUUAACCUAGGGAUGAAUGGGGUUGGAUUUUUUUUGUUUGGUUGAAUUUUGGUUUUGGAUAUUUGUUUGGUUUGGUUUGUUUUUUUUUGUUUUUUUUUUUUUAAAUCUGGAGCAAAAUACAUUCAGCAUUCUCUAGAGAAGGGUGAAAACAUCCUUCUUCUGUGAGAAGACCAAUGCUAUUUUGUAAUUAUGUCAGAAAACUGUUCCAAAUGGCUAAUUCUUCCCUGCAGGCAGUUUCUUGAAUAAGCUCUAGACAAGAGACAAGUGUUUGUGCACAUGCAGACAAGGUACAAAAUUUGUGCUAAGUACAAUUCUAUGAUUAAUGUACGGACUCUAAAAAUAUCAUAGUGUCACAGGGCAUUUUGGGGUCAUUUUGUGUUAGUUUUUCUGAUGCUUCACUUCAGAGUUCCUCUGUAGAACAAUGUGAUCAAAUCAAGAGUAGUCUUUUUCAUGGUGAAAUUUAAUGCAGUUGUGUAUGAACAGCUGAUUGUGGUGGUAACACUCUAUUGAGUGAAGUCUCCUGUAGUUACACUAAUCUGCCCUCUCUGAUGGUGUGUUAUGACACCAUUGCUCCGCUAGGAUAAAGAAUAGUCACUGUUCUGGUGAGAAAAUGGUUUUCACUGGCUUAACCUGGGUUGAGUAUUCCUUGUGUUCAGGUGCCCAUCUCUGUGCUAGGACCAGGCUUUGGAGGGGGCUUUCUUAGUACACAGAGUCCUGAUGUUCAGCAUGCUCUUCCUAUCUCCCUGGUCUCAUCUGCCUGAAAUUUGUCAAGUGUGCCUGACUCUUGGGGUGCCACUCCUCUCUGUCACAGAAUGGUGUGUGUCAGCACCUCCCCUUGCAGUGGUGCUGUCUCGGGGCUGUUCUGCACUCCCCAGGAGUGUGUCCUGUAACUGAUUGGCUUCUGCUGACUGUGCAAUGGAUGCAUCUGUGUAUUAGACAAGUUAGUCUUCAGAAUGUCCCUUCCAUCCCUGCCUCAGUCCUGUUUUCUUAGCACAUUGCUAGCCAUUUCUGUUGCCUUUAAAAUGCCUGCACCAGGACAGGCCUUAGGUGAGAUAUGUGCUAAUUAUGCCCUCAGUGUUUGUGCCUCACAGGGUUCUCUGGAAUGAGGAUGCUGUCCCAAAUAACACACUACUUCUGGUUUCAUCAGCUGCAUUUGGGAUGUCACAGUGAUGCUGUUGUGUGAAGAUUCUGCCUCCUCAGGUGCAGCAGCUAUAGGAAUAGAUGCUGUUUUCACAACCCUGUUUGUCAGUCAAGUGUCCACCUGGGCCCCAUCAUCACCUGAGGGUGUCACAGUUCCUGCUGACUGGACUCUCCUAUGUAAAAAUCUCCAUUAAUGUUGGUAAUUAGUACUUAAUACUCAGGAUAUCUGAGGUGUCCGUGGCCAAAGGCAGGAGGCAGAGGAGUCUGUUUUCUCAUGCCUGUUCUAUGCACAGUGCAUGCAGAAGGAUUCAGGGCUGCAACAGGCACUUGAGAAAGGGAUCUCGCAUACAUAGGGCUUGUGAAUGUAGAAGGGCUGGUUACACCAUAGAGGCAAUGUCUGAGCAACUGAUGGUGCAGAGCCCCUUGAGUGUCUCUGAACCCUGAAGUCCGUGUUAGAGUGAGGGUUUGGAGAGCUUGCCUUAACACCAUGUGUGUUACUGUAACUCCUCGAUCUCAGCUGCACUGUGCAGUAGUCUGAAUGGGCAGUACUGACAAAUGAGGCAAGAUGCUGUGUGACUUAAAUAGCUUUGUACUGUAGGCACGUGAAGAACUGUGAAGGUGCUUGCCCUGUUGUUUACCUGGCUGCUGACCUGGACUUUGGCUUGCUGCACCUCUGUUGGGUGCAGUCCUGAGCUCUGUGGAACAGGCCAUGGUGAACUGGACCUUGGUGCUUUUAUCCAGACUCCUGUCAGUCCUGCUGCUGUGUGUGUUUCGGCUGCCAGCUCUUCCCUGGAAGCAGUGGUUUGAAGCACAGCUCAUGACAGGGGACUGAGAUUAAGAAUCUGUGUGUCUGGCUGUUUGCCCCAAAGGGUGGACAGGAGGGGGCCACUGACAACUCUCCAGCCCAGCUCAGCAGUACUGGUAUCACAGGAACCUGUCCUUACUGGACAGGGCUGUAUGGCUUAGCACCAUAGUGGUGAUUGUGCUGAGCACUGAGGCUCUCCUGGGACAGGCAAUGUGUGGGACAGGGAGUGUGUGAGACAGGCUCUGCUGCAGUGAGAAAGGCUGUGAAUGAGCCCAUGGAGGAGGCUUUUAUUUCUCGGGUUUACAGGGGGAGGAGAUAAAGCCUGGAAGACACUGCAGAGUGAGAUGGUUACCUGGGCUUUUCUGCUGGCAGAGAUGUGACAGACUUCUCAGAGAAAUAUACCACAUUCCUGCUGCUAUUGUCUAGGGUAGGAGAGCUGUGGUCUGUCCUGCCUGGAGGAGGCCCUAAUCUUAUCCAGCUCAUGCUCUGUAGCAGGAAUCCAUGGGAUGCAAUAGUGGGUGUCUGUAGCCAUCUGUCCCAUCCCAUGGAACAUGCCUCAGGUUAGCUGCACAGCAGAGCAAGGCCUGUCUCUGUGCUGUGCAUUCACAGCAAUGAGCGCUCAUCACUACCAGACUAUGCAGAGGAAGCUCUGUCUGGAAGGGAAGGAAGCUGCAGAGGCCCCUCUGCCUUCUCCUUCCAGCUGCUGAGCAGCUUUUUAUAUUGCACUUUUCACGUUGUGUCCCUGUCCCCACCCCACACCUCAAGUCACUUUGUCCCAUAGGGAACUAACAAUCCUUGUUACUCAGAAAAUAUUGCAAAAGAAACUACAGCAGCUGGGGUAGCCCAAAUGCUACUUCCUGCCCGCAGCAGCAUACGUGCCUUCCCCAGCAUUGCUCACAACUGCUCCCUAUCUUUCAAGCUGUGCUAGAGCCUGACACUUGUCAGAAGCUGCUAAGAUAGCUACAAAUACACAUCCUGUAGAGUUUGGCCCAGGGUAUUCCACAUACAGUUUAAAAUGCUGAUGGUCCAGGCCCUCCCAUGGCCUUCACACUGUCAAGGACAGAAUUGCCCCAUAGGUCCUGGGCUGCUGCCACCCACCCUGCCAACACACCCCUGGCACACUCAAGUUGUUUUUGGCUUUCAUGGCACCUUAGCGCCAGGGAGGGUGUGCUCAGAGAGAGAGAGAGAGAGAGACAUGGGGGAGCUGGCUGGGCUGCCCUGAGGCAGAGAGACGUUUGUAGAUAAGUGCUGACCCCUCACUAUAACCCCAGUAUAUGGCUGUAUUAACAUGUAACCGAUGCAGUGUAUCUAAAGCCUUAGAACUAGUCAGGUGCUCCCCUCCAACUUUGUCCCUGCCCCUUUCCUCCUACCUGAUCUUUAACAAAGCAUUAAUAAUUCUAAGGAUAAUCUCUAUUUUGUUGUGCUUUUUUUGUAACUGUUUUAAAUAAAUCAAUUUGUACUGUAUAUUUGUACUUUGGUGAGAUCCUUUUUCCUGUUUUACCAUUUUAAGUCUGUACUUGCCUACAAACAAAUUGUAUUUUUAUUGUUAAUGCUUUUAUGAAUAUUGCAUUUAACUUGUUGACUCUGUAAACACAGUAUAUAUCUAUAUACAUAUAUAUAUAUCUAUAUAUAAACCAAUAGCUUUUC